CAAUGAGAGUGGCUUUGACAAGGACAUGCAGGUGCACUGUUCCUGGAUCUCCUCUUGGGAGCCUGGAGGGAGCGCGUCCCUGCCCAGCGCAGUGACCUUUGCCUGUCUAAGCCCUGGUUAAUUUUUGCCCAGUCUGCAGGCUGUGGGGCUCCUCCCCUCCAGAAUAUAAGCCUGGCCCCAGGCUGCCCUGUCCCCUGCCUGCCCGGAGCCUCCCGAGCCCGUGCCCACCCUCGCCAUGGCCCAGGGCUUCUACAUUUCCAAGCCCCUAGGCAUCCUGGGCAUCAUCCUGGGCCUGGGGGCCGUGAGCACCAUCAUUGCCCUGUCUGUGGUGUACUCCCAGGAGAAGAACAAGAACUCUGCCCAGACCCCCACAAGCCCCUCCACCACUGUGGCCCCCACGUUGGACCCGAGCAAGCCAUGGAACCGAUACCGCCUCCCCCAGUCGCUGGAGCCCGAGUCCUACCAGGUGACACUCAGGCCCUACCUCACCCUCAACAAGGACGGUCUGUACAUCUUCGAGGGCCAGAGCACUGUCCGCUUCAUGUGCAAGGAGCCCACUGAUGUCAUCAUCAUCCACAGCAAGAAGCUCAACUACACUAAGACCCCAGAGAACCACAUGGUGUCCCUGCGGGGUGUGGGGAAUACCCCGGUCCCUGUCAUCGACAGGACCGAGCUGGUAGAGGCCACCGAGUACCUGGUGGUACACCUGAAGGGCCAGCUGCAGAAGGACAGCCUGUACGAGAUGGACAGUAAGUUCCAGGGCGAACUGGCUGAUGACCUGGCUGGCUUCUACCGCAGCGAGUACAUGGAUGGCACCAACAAAAAGGUGCUGGCUACGACCCAGAUGCAGUCUGCAGAUGCCCGGAAGUCCUUCCCGUGCUUUGAUGAGCCGGCCAUGAAGGCCCGGUUUAACAUCACCCUCAUCCACCCCAGUAACCUCGUAGCCCUGUCCAACAUGCUGCCCAAAGGACCCAGCACCCCACUUCCGGAUGACCGCACCUGGAGUAAAACUGAGUUCCACACGACCCCUGUCAUGUCCACAUACCUGCUGGCCUACAUCGUCAGCGAGUUCACGUCUGUGGAGCGCGAGGAGCUGAUGGCACCCAACAAUGUCCUGAUCCGGAUCUGGGCCCGGCCCAGCGCAACCGCAGCCGGGCACAGCGAUUACGCCCUGAAUGUGACCGGCCGCAUCCUGAAGUUCUUCGCCAGUCAUUACGACACACCCUACCCCCUUGAAAAAUCUGACCAGAUCGGCUUGCCUGACUUCAACGCCGGUGCCAUGGAGAACUGGGGGCUGGUGACCUACCGGGAGAACUCCCUGCUGUUUGACCCCCAGUUCUCCUCCAGCAGCAACAAGGAGCGGGUGGUCACUGUGAUCGCUCAUGAGCUGGCCCACCAGUGGUUUGGGAACCUGGUGACCGUGGCCUGGUGGAACGACCUGUGGCUGAACGAGGGCUUCGCCUCCUAUGUGGAGUACCUGGGUGCGGACCACGCGGAGCCCACGUGGAACCUGAAAGACCUCAUAGUGCAGAACGAGCUGUACCGUGUGAUGGCCGUGGAUGCCCUGACCUCCUCCCACCCGCUGACCACCCCCGCCCAGGAGGUCAACACGCCGGCCCAGAUCAGUGAGAUGUUCGACUCCAUCUCCUAUAGCAAGGGAGCCUCUGUCCUCAGGAUGCUCUCCAGCUUCCUGACUGAGGACCUGUUCAAGAAGGGCCUGGCGUCCUAUCUCCAUGCCUUUGCCUAUAAAAGUGCCACCUACCAGGACCUGUGGUUGCACCUGCAAAAGGCUGUGGACAACCAGACAUCCGUCACGCUGCCCAAAAGUGUGAGCACCAUCAUGGACCGCUGGAUCCUGCAGAUGGGCUUCCCCGUCAUCACCGUGGACACCAAGACAGGGAGCAUCACCCAGAAGCACUUCCUUCUGGGCUCCGACACCGGAGCUGCCCCCCCCUCACAGUUCAACUACCAGUGGAUCGUUCACAUCUCAUCUAUGAAACACGGUGCCGUGCAGAAGGACUACUGGCUGGAGGAAGCCACAAAAACCGAGGAACUGUUCAAAACCAGAGCCGAUGAAUGGGUCCUGCUGAACAUCAACGUGACGGGCUAUUACCAGGUGAACUACGAUGAAGACAACUGGAGGAAGAUUCAGGGUCAGCUGCGGAAUAACCUGUCGGUCAUCCCUGUCAUCAAUCGGGCACAGGUCAUCCACGAUGCCUUCGACCUGGCCAGUGCCCACAUGGUCCCUGUUACCCUGGCGCUGAACAACACCCUCUUCCUGAUCAACGAGAAAGAAUACCUGCCCUGGGAGGCCGCCCUGAGCAGCCUGAGCUACUUCAAGUACAUGUUGGACCGCUCCGAGGCCGAGUAUGCCUCCAUGCAGAAUUACCUGAAGAAGCAGGUCACGCCCCUCUUCACUCAUUUUGAAAAUGUCACCAAGAACUGGACUGUGCGCCCAGACAACCUGAUGGACCAGUACAAUGAGGUCAACGCCAUCAGCACCGCCUGCUCCAGUGGGCUUGACGCAUGCCAGGUCAUGGUGUCGAACCUUUUCGCCCAGUGGAUGAAGACCCCCAACAAUAACCCGAUCCACCCCAACCUGCGGUCCACCGUCUACUGCAACGCUAUCGCCCAGGGUGGCGAGAAGGAGUGGGACUUCGCCUGGGAACAAUUCCGGAACGCCACACUAGUGAACGAAGCUGACAAGCUCCGAGCGGCCCUGGCCUGCAGCAAGAAGUCCUGGAUCCUGGCCAGGUACCUGAGUCGCACCCUGGACCCUAACCUCAUCCGGAAGCAGGAUGCCACCUCCACCAUCAGCAGCAUUGCCAGCAACGUCAUGGGGCAGUCUCUGGCUUGGAAUUUCGUCCAGGCCAACUGGAACAAGCUCUUUGAAGAUUACGGUGGUGGCUCCUUCUCCUUCUCCAACCUCAUCCUGGCCAUCACUCGGCGAUUCUCUACCCAGGAAGAGCUGCAGGAGCUGGAGCGGUUCAAGGAGAACAACUCGGGCACAGGCUUCGGCUCAGCCACCCGGGCUCUGGAGCAAGCCCUGGAGAAGACCAAAGCCAACAUCAAGUGGGUGAAGGAAAACAAGGAAGCGGUGUACAACUGGUUCACAGAGAACAGCCGAUAGUCUCCGCUCUGUGCCGCCACCUGGCCCGCAUGUGAGAUGACCCUGGGCAUCUGUCCCUGUGGCCCACUGCGGGGCCCCCAUUCCCCGACUAAUUCCUAGGCCAUGAUCUCUCCACUCUGCAUGUGGGGCCAGCCCAGCUCCUGAUGGCCAGACUGUCCAAGCACCUCCCAGCCCCUGCCCCUCGUGCCAAUAGCACCCAGGGCCCUGGGGCUGAUCUCAGGGAAGCCCAGCUCUAGGGCCAGAGGAGCAGGAGCCCUCAGUGGACUGUGCACAGCCUUGGGGAGCUGCCCUGCACCCUCUCUUGCCUUCCCAUGAAGACCCUGAACCUGGGGACUCAACAGGGUACCAGAUCUGUAUAUUUUUUUCUAAGAG